AUGGGUGGAGGAGAUUUGAAUAUGAAAAAAUCCUGGCAUCCUCUCUUGAUUCGUAAUCAAGAGAAGGUAUGGAUGGAGGAAAAAAAAGCAUUAGAAGAAAGAAAGAGGAUUGAACAAAUAAAAAAAGAGAUCGAAGAAGAAAGGCAACUCCAAGAACUACAGAAAUUGCAAGAAGCAUCGGGCGGAAAAAAACGGGUAGAACGUUUAGAUUGGAUGUAUGCCGCACCUCAUCUUUCAGGUGAUUCAAGAACAACCGAAGAAAUGGAGGCAUAUUUAUUAGGAAGAAAAAGGAUAGAUGAUAUUCUUAAAGAAGAUACAUCAAAGCUUGAAAAUGGAAACCAACCAUUUAUCGCUUCACAAAAUGCAAAUACUGUAAGAGAUAUUCAAAAUAAAAUUCGAGAAGAUCCUUUGUUGGCAAUUAAAAAACAAGAGCAAGCACAGUAUGAGGCAAUUAGAAACAAUCCAAUUAAAUUACGUCAGCUUAUAGAAGCACAAAAUGGAAAAAACAAAAAACAUCAUUUAGAUCAGCAUACACAUUCACGUCACUCACGUUAUUCACCGCAAAAAUCUGAGCACCGAGAUCGCUCAAGAAAUCGUUAUUUGCACAAACGGCAUUUAAGUCGGUCUUCACCUAGAAACCAUUAUCAUCGCCGUUCAAGAUCUCCAUCAAUUUCUCGCUCAAAACAUAGGUCUCCAGACAGACAAUAUCAUUCUACACAAAAACCUUCAUCUACAAAGCGUCAUUAUGACUCUUCUGUUUUUUACCAUCAUUCUUCACACUAUUCAGACUCGAAAAAUACAACAAAUGGUGGUGUUAACAAAAAGGCUCAUCAUGACAACGAAAAAGAAAGAGCUGAAAAGCUUGCUGCCAUGAUGAAAAAUGCAGAAGCAUUGGAUCAAGAGCGUCAAAAGCGUUUAGAAAAACUCUCUAAGCAAGAAGCUGAGGACGAACGAAGAGAAAACGAAGAAAGAAUGAUCAAUCAGAAAUGGGGCGAUAAUAAAAGCACCUAUCUCAGAGAAAUUGCACGUAAAGCAUAUGGUGCUUCUAUUGAUCUUCCUGAUCAUAUACGGCGUAUUCCCCAAAAUAUAUCUGGCGAUUAA